AUGGCGCAGGGCACCCCCGCCCCACCCCCCGCCCCCGGGGGCUGCAGCCCGGAUGGAACAAGCCUGCGGCUGGGCUCCGGUCCCCCAGAGGCCGACCCAGCACAGCGGGGCGGAGGCCUCCGGAAGCCAUUCCUGGGCAUUCCGCCCCCAGCUUCCCUCAGGACGACUCUGGACUCAGCCAAAGCAAAGGACAAGGGACAGGCAGCCUGCGCUUCCAACCUGAGCCCGCCAGGGCGGCGCCGCGCCGACGCCACCCCUGCCCGACUCCCCAGGGAGGUGCUGGGGCCCGCGCGGGUACGCACCUCGCCAAACACAAUCCGCACUCAAACCGCGAGGCCCAGGCCACAGCGCUGGACGCACGAGUCUCCGGGGACCCAGGACCAAAGGGCCGCGUGGGCGCCUCCGCUGCAAGGCCCGGGAGAGCCGGGAGGCGGCCCUGCUCGGUCCUCCCCGAAGGCCGUCCGCGCCAAGCAGCCCCCGCCUGCACCGCCCCCCGCCCGCAACUGGGAUUCUAGCACGGUUCGCCCCGGGGCGCCCGCCUCCACCUUCUCUUCCCCGCCCGGCGCUGGCUCCACCCGGCCCCGCCCCGGACACUCACCUGCGCCGGCUCCGAGCUGGAAGCACCGCCGCCUCCCGGCUCGCACGGAGUCCACACAAGAGAAACACCGCAAAAAGGGCCCUGGUUCGGAGCGGGCCAGGUGGAGUGAACCUGAGAUGACCCCAGGUCGGGCCAAGGGCAGCGCCCUGAACCUCCACAGCGCUACGCGGGAAGAGGCGGCGCCCGAGCGCGGAGCCCCGCGGGGGAACAAAGAGGAGCCGGGAUGGGGCCGCGCGCUUCCUGGGUGUCGGGUGACAGAUCGGCCGGGGGACGCCCCUACCCGGCCACCUGAGAAGGAGCCACCUCGGCGCGGCCGGCGGGGUAGGGCAGGAGGGAAGGGGGCCCGGAGUCGGAGGAAAAGGGUUCGCAGGAUGCCCCGGACGGCGCGGCCGAAGAAAGGCCCGCGGGUUCCGGCGCGGAGGUGCGGAGGCUCGACGGAGUGCAGCGAUAAUGACUCUGGGAGGGUUUACGGCCCCCGAGCCCCGCCCUUCCCCCAGCUCCGCGCCAUUGGCCCAGGUGCCGAGAGGCGGGGGAAGGGCGGGGGGCGGGCCCGGGAUGAUUCACCUUGA